AUGUUCCGCUCUCCUAUUUAUACUUCUGUUAACCUGUUUGCGUACCUGGCCGACGAGCCCAGCGAUGCCAAGACCAUCAUCUUGGAUGAGUUCCCUUUUAGCGAUUUUCGUGAUAUACCGCUGCAGCGUUUCACUGAUCUGCGUUGCCUGUCGGCCAAUGCCUGUGGAGUGAAGUCGGUUCUUGGACUGCCACCGCUGCCCCAACUGACCCAACUGCAGCUUAACGACAACCAGCUGGGAUACAACCCGGACACUCCCCAUUUCGAGUUGCUGGCAACCGCGACACCGAACCUGAAGCGGCUCACUUUGGCGAACAACGGGAUCAGCAGUCACGACAUUCUGAAGCCAUUGAAGGACUUGCCGGCCCUCCACACAGUGGACCUUGGCUACAACAGCGUGAACCGCACCCACCACUGCCAGCUCCACGACGCCGUGCCGCAGGUUAUGCACUGGGACGGAGACGGUGGAGAGACCGAUUGCGACAGCGAUGCAGAAAUGAGCGGGUCGGAGAAGGGCGACGAGGAGGAAGACGACGAUGUGUCGAUGGCCGAUUCAGAUAGCACAUGGCUACUGUCCGACGAUGAUGUGGAUCAUAUUUCGGAUUCGGCUUCCGAACCGGACAUGGACGCCAGCGACCACCAGGACGAAGACGAUGACGACGUCAUUAUGUUGAAUUAG